AUGCCACACGCCGUACGAGCUGCACCCCGCCACGAGCACACAACUGUUGGACAGUCUGGAUUACUUCGCCUUCUCAUCACCGCUCCUCCAUUCUGCACCCCCUUGUCUGCCUUGAUUCUGCCUGCUCCUCUGCUCCUGCCUCAGCUCGGCCACCGACUUCCAUCCGCUUCAUCCCCGCCUCGUCUCCCGUUCUCCCCCUGGACUGCUUUUUUGAAUUUCAGAGACUUCCAGUUUGCUCAGGCCAUGCUUUUUGCCAUUGAGGAGAUAAACAACAGCACAGACCUGCUGCCUGGCGUCUCUCUCGGAUACAAAAUCUAUGACACUUGUGGCUCCAUUGCCAGAAGUGUACGAGUCACUCUGGCUUUGGCUAAUGGGAAUGAAGUUGUGUUUGCACCCUCUGAGGAACCUUGUAUCAAACCUGCACAAGUGCAGGCCAUAAUAGGAGAAACGUCUUCCUCUCCUACCACAGCAAUAGCUACUGUCAUUGGAUCCUUUCACAUACCAAUCAGCCACUUUGCCACAUGUGCUUGUCUCAGUGACAAAACCAAGUACCCAUCCUUCCUCAGAACCAUACCCAGCGACUACUACCAGAGCAGAGCUCUGGCCCAGUUGGUCAAGCACUUUGGUUGGACUUGGGUUGGAGCUAUUAGAACAAAUAAUGAUUAUGGCAAUAAUGGCAUGGCUACAUUCAUAGAGACUGCACAGCAGCUGGGCAUCUGUCUGGAGUACUCUGUGUCAUUUUUUAGAACAGAUCCAUCUGACAAGAUACAGAAGAUAAUUGAAAUUAUCAAGGCUUCAACCUCUAGAGUGAUUGUUGCAUUCCUGUCCCACAUGGACAUGGAUAUUUUGCAGCACAUACAAACGAUUCACUUCAAAACAAAAGACGGAGAUGAGGUCUACUUUAAUGAGAAUGGAGAUCCUGCAGCAAAGUAUGAAAUCAUAAACUGGCAGCCCAGAGAAAAAGGAAUUGUGCCUGUGUCAGUUUGCAGUGAGAAAUGUCCCCCAGGAACUCGAAAGGUUCUCCAGAAAGGAAAACCUGUUUGCUGUUAUGACUGCACAAGAUGUGCAGAGGGAGAAAUCAGCAACAUGACAGAUUCUGUCACCUGUACCAGAUGUCCUCCUGAAUUCUGGUCAAAUAACAGAAGAGAUGCCUGUAUAAAGAAGGAGGCGGUGUUUCUGUCAUUUGAAGAAAUUAUGGGAGCUCUGCUCACUACAGCGUCUUUAUUUGGAACAUGCAUGACUGCACUUGUGGCUUAUAUUUUCUUCAAAAACAGAAAAACUCCAAUCGUCAGGGCCAACAACUCAGAGCUGAGCUUCCUGCUGCUCUUCUCUUUAACUCUGUGCUUCCUGUGCUCUCUGACCUUCAUCGGUCGGCCCUCUGAGUGGUCCUGCAUGCUGAGACACACAGCGUUCGGCAUCACCUUCGUCCUCUGCAUCUCUUGUGUUCUGGGGAAAACCAUGGUGGUUUUGAUGGCCUUCAGGGAGACUCUUCCAGGCAGCAAUGUGAUGAAAUGGUUCGGGCCUGCACAGCAGAGACUCAGUGUUCUGGGAGUCACUCUUAUACAGAUGAUCAUUUGUAUCCUCUGGUUAAUCAUUUCUCCUCCUUUUCCAUCAAUGAAUUUUAAGGAAUUUAAGGACAAAAUCAUCUUGGAGUGUGCUCUGGGCUCAGCUGUUGGCUUCUGGGCCGUGCUUGGGUACAUCGGACUUCUGGCCAUGUUAUGUUUCAUUUGUGCUUUUCUGGCUCGAAAGCUGCCUGAUAAUUUUAAUGAGGCCAAAUUCAUCACCUUCAGCAUGUUGAUAUUCUGUGCAGUGUGGAUCACCUUUAUCCCAGCGUAUGUCAGCUCUCCUGGGAAGUUCAGUGUUGCUGUAGAGAUAUUUGCUAUUCUGGCCUCCAGUUUUGGACUUUUAAUUUGCAUCUUUAUCCCCAAAUGUUACAUCAUCUUACUGAGACCAGAGAAGAAUACGAAAAAGAAUAUGAUGGGGAAUGGGCCAAGAAAAUGA